AUGGCGCGAGCUACAGGCAAUAACCAGCUGAAGUCCGAACUUAAGAAGCCAUGCAGAGACGCGAUAAAGGAAGAUCUGAGAGAGAAGAGCAGCAGUUAUGGACGAAGCCACCAAGGUCGGAAAAAGUAUCCGCAAAGCCUGACGGAGCUCCGUCAAUUACAAGACCAAGAUGACAUCCCUUCGUCGUCUCCGAACAGUUACUGCAUCGCGAAGGGCAAUGGAGAAGGUCAUCGACAACUUCUACUCAGAUCUUUUCGACAGUCACGUCUACUGCCAUGCCCACGAUCCGAAUAUAUCGCUCCUUUGGCUAUAUCCUUCCGGAUACGACAUGCUAUCACGUCGAUGAAGAAGGGUACGGCGCCUGGUCCCGAUAGGACCAAACCAAACAUCUGAAGAGCCUUCCACCAGUCAUCGUCAGAACUCUGGCUAGACUCCUUGAGCGUACAAUCGAUCACAACCACACCGUUAAAAGACUCAUUGUCUAUCACAUCCACACCGUUACAAGACUCAUUGAAGUAUCGGAGGAGUACAAAAUGCCGUUGUGUCUUCCGUGCAUCGAUUUGAAGAAAGCAUUUGACACCGUCGAGACAGGAGUGGUACUUGAAGCCCUGGGCAACCAGGACGACGUCGUGCUCAUAACACCGAACAUCGAGCAGGCGGAACGAAUGCUGGCCGAGUUUGAGCUGAGCUUGUGGAAAAGUCGGCUUGAGACUAAAUUUAACGAAGACGAUGUUCAUGAAAAAAACGGAUUGGAAGCGAGGACGAUUCAUUGGACCACUCUGACUCGAGACAGGGACGACGGAAGAGGCUACUGGCGCCCGCUCGAGGAAAUCGACGACUAUCGACAGAUUUAGGUUGAAUCCGAUGCCGGCGUAA